AUGUCCACCUCCUCAAUCCUAUCCUAUCUCCAAGAUCUUCCAGCCCAAGCACCUCCCCCGGGAAUAACAGCUAAUCUGGCACAUCCGGAAAGUAAAGGGUAUAUACUCAUAAUCGUUUCUUCUGUACUUUUUUUCUUCAUGAUGGUCUGCUUUUUCGCGAGGGUUUGUUCGCGGUGGCUUAUUAUAUUGCUUCGAUUAUUGGUGAGUUCCUUGGUCACUGUCAUGGAAAUCAAAACACAACCUUCGAUUCUUUUUAACACCAUGAGAUUAGGUGUUACCAGAGGACCAGUAGGAAAACAUCAAUGGGACGUAACGAUCGGGGAUGUAACAAGCAACGACUUUAUAAUCGCCGUCUCCUUCCUCAGCAACGCCCUCGUAUCCCCUACUCUCCUCCUCACAAAACUCACCCUCUUCCUCCUCUAUCUCGAUCUCUUUCGUCCCUUCAAAUGGCUGCGUAUAUGCGUCUAUAUUGGAAUCUGCAUCACUGUCCUUUUCUACUCCACAAUCGGGAUCUUGAUGAUUGUCUGGAGUUCCCCCCAUGCAGGCGAAACAUGGCAAACGCAUCUUUUCACAAUGGAACAACAGUAUGCGCAAAUCUAUGCGUCGCCUUGGUCGGCGGUGGGCUUGGGGAUUGAUUUGUUUUUGUUGGGGCUGCCGUUGAAGGCGGUGGGGGAGCUUUGUUUGGCGUGGAGGAAGAAGGUGAUUGUGGGGAUUGUAUUUUUGACGGGCAUUUUGUGGGUGCUUUUUUUUGCGUGCAUAGCUUCUGCCCUGAGCGUUUAUUAUCGAUUCAUCAACAAACAGAGCAAUACGAAAGAUACGACGUAUGCUCUUCAGAACGUUAUUAUUUGUUCAUUGGCAGAAAUGUUCAUCGGAGUAAUUGUUUCCUGUAUGCCUGCAACUUGGAAUCUUCUCCGUCAAUGUAUUCCACAUUUCUUGGCUUUGAAAUCGAAACUCUCGUUCGCAUCGGGGAGUUUUUGGAAGAAUGAUAGAGAUUUGCUUUUCCUCGGUGAGGUUGCUUCUGAAAGAGGUAAUUCUGGGUAUAGGAAAGGAUCCGGUGAAUUGCAUGGGGAAACGAAUAAUUCGUUGAAGGGCUCUUGGGAGGAAGAAAGACUUGCGAAAUUGGGGGUUGAGCUUGCGAGGCUGGGAAAUGCAAACGUGUAUUUUGGGUCGGAGAAAAGGCAUUGUUGGGUAGAUGUGGCGCAUGAUGGGAGUUGUCUGCGGCAGGAUGUCUGGUAA